AUGUUCUCGCAGAGGCCGUGCUAUUUCUCACAACUAUCGAGAAACCAUCCGAUUUUGAAGCUCGUUGACAUUUACGACCGUCAGUCGUUUAUACGAGCAUACGUUUUGGAUAACUUCUACGUCUGCAUUUUGAUGUACAUUUUGUUCUAUGUAGCGCUGUGGUAUGCUAAUAACAUAAUAAAACGAAUUGAGAAAUCAAAUCGAGAGAUGUCAAUAACAGUUGCAGAGAAUAAGACGAAACUAGAUAGACUGGUUUUGUUAAAAAAUAAGAAGGCGGAAUUCGAGGAAGUAAUCGUAAAAACGACAGAUGCGCAAAAGAUGACUACGAAAUAUUUGGAAGAUGAAAUGCACAUACUUAGCAGAGAAUUAAUUACGACGUCUAAUAAAAUCACCGGAUUGGAAAAAGUUGUUGAAAAAUACAAACAACCAGACAAAUUACUUAAUUCAGCCAUCGAGGGUGAAUGUCCAAAAGAAUUCGAAGGAGUCACGAGCCCGUUCGAGAAGUUCAAGAUUCUCGAACCGUCAUUUCCACCGUCUGUACCACCGGAACCUCCGCCUCGAAAGUACGGGAUCUUUGUCAGUAGACCGCCUGGGCAGCGGAGAACGUCAUCUGCAGCUGCAUCUGCAACUCCACCGCCAAAAAUCGGACUCAAAUAACAGUG